CUGCACUGACAUCAUCUGCUGUGUCCUCUUCCUGCUGUUCAUUCUGGGCUACAUCGUGGUGGGGCUUGUGGCCUGGGUGUAUGGAGACCCUCGGCAAGUGCUCUACCCCAGAAACUCCACGGGGGCCUACUGCGGCAUGGGGGAGAACGAGGAUAAACCCUACGUCCUCUACUUCGACAUCUUCAGCUGUGUCGUGGCCACCAACAUCAUCUCCAUCGCUCAGAAUGGCCUACAGUGCCCCACGCCCCAGGUGUGCGUCUCCUCCUGCCCAGAGGCACCGUGGUUUGUGAAAGAGUUCCAGUUCUCAAAGACAGUCCGUGAAGUCUAUGAAGAAAAGAGGAACUUUUGUCUGCCAGAGGCAUCCCCAGAUAUGAAAGUGGUGGAAGUCCUGCAGCAGGAGCUCUGCCCCAGGCUCCUCCUUCCUUCUGCUCCAGCCCUGGGACGUUGUUUCCCGUCCCCCAACAUUAACUUCACUUUACCCCAAGAGUAUUCAUGGAUCAGUAACAACACUGUCUCUGAAGGGAUCAGUGGCCUCCUUGACAGAAUCAAUGCCCGGGACAUCUCUGUGAAGAUCUUUGAAGAUUUUGCCCAGUCCUGGCAUUGGAUCCUCGUGGCCCUGGCCGUGGCUCUGGUGCUAAGCCUGCUGUUCAUCCUGCUCCUGCGCUUCGUGGCGGCACCCCUGGUGCUGCUGCUGAUCGUGGGCGUGCUGGCCGUGCUGGCCUACGGCAUCUAUCACUGCUACCAGCAGUACCGGGAGCUGCGGGACAGGGGCGCCUCCAUCGCCCAGCUAGGCUUCACCACCAACCUCAGCGCCUACCAGAACGUGCAGGAGACCUGGCUGGCAGCUCUGAUUGUUCUGGCGGUCCUCGAGGGCAUCCUGCUCCUCAUGCUGAUCUUCCUGCGCCAGCGGAUCCGAAUCGCCAUCGCUCUGCUGAAGGAAGCCAGCAGGGCCGUGGGGCAGAUGAUGUCCACUAUGUUCUACCCGCUGGUCACCUUCGUCCUCUUGGUCAUUUGCAUUGGUUACUGGGCUGUGACUGCUCUGUACCUGGCCACAUCUGGGCAACCGCAGUACAUCUAUUGGGUGUCGAACACCAGUGCACCGGGCUGUGAGGAUGCACCCGUCAACGUGUCCUGCGACCCCACGGUCUCAUCCAAGAACUCCUCGUGCCCAGGGCUCAUGUGCGUUUUCCAGGGCUACUUGUCUACCGGCCUAGCCCAGCGGUCUCUCUUCAACCUGCAAAUCUACGGGGUCCUGGGUCUCUUCUGGACUGUUAACUGGGUGCUGGCCCUGGGCCAGUGCGUCCUCGCUGGGGCCUUCGCGUCCUUCUACUGGGCCUUUCACAAGCCUCAAGACAUCCCGACCUUCCCCCUUAGCUCCGCCUUCAUCCGCACGCUCCGUUACCACACCGGCUCACUGGCGUUUGGAGCCCUCAUCCUAACCCUGGUGCAGAUAGCCCGCGUGGUUCUGGAAUACAUUGACCACAAGCUGAGAGGAGCCCAAAACCCCUUGGCCCGCUGCAUCCUCUGCUGCUUCAAGUGCUGCCUCUGGUGUCUGGAGAAGUUUAUUAAGUUUCUCAACCGUAACGCGUACAUCAUGAUCGCCAUCUAUGGGAAGAAUUUCUGCGUCUCGGCCAAAAACGCCUUCACGCUGCUCAUGAGAAACAUCGUCAGGGUGGUCGUCCUGGAUAAAGUCACAGACCUGCUGCUCUUCUUUGGGAAGCUGCUGGUGGUCGGAGGUGUCGGCGUCCUGUCCUUCUUCUUCUUCUCCGGUCGCAUCAAGGGGCUGGGGAAAGACUUUGAGAACCCCAACCUCAACUACUAUUGGCUGCCCAUCAUGACCUCCAUCAUGGGUGCCUACGUCAUCGCCAGCGGCUUCUUCAGCGUUUUCGGCAUGUGUGUGGACACGCUCUUCCUCUGCUUCCUGGAAGACCUGGAGAGAAACGACGGUUCCCAGGAGAGGCCUUACUACAUGCCCAAGGCUCUUCUGAAGAUCUUGGGCAAGAAAAACCAGGCACCCGCUGGGGAAAAGAAGAGGAAGAAGUGAGAGACGGAUCACGGCCGGGACCACAGCCCUCCUGUGCAGAAGCUUAGCCCUAGAUGCCUUAAGAAUCACAAUUUUG